UUCCCACACGAACUCAAAUCGUCAUCGUCACAUUUAAACUCUUCCUCUGAAGCUUCCAGCUCUGAUUUAUUCAGUUGUUGGUGUUUCUCUCUGAGGAUUUUUGACGACUGAGGUUCGUGUUUGAUGUACUUUCACUUUGACGAGAGCUGACAGGAUUCAUAGCUAGUCAGAAUGAUGAACUGCGGUCUCGUGACUGAACAAAAACAGCCAGUUCCUCUGAAGAGCAUCAGAGUUGAGGUGCAGGUGAAGAGUCAUGUAGCUACAGUCACCUCCACUCUGCAGUAUGUGAAUGAGGAAGAGCGCCACCUGGAGGCCUUGUUUGUAUUUCCUCUGCCUGCUGAUGCUGCUGUCUGUCACUUCAGUGCCAAGAUCGGAGAUCAGGAGAUUGUGGCAGAGGUUCAAGAGAGACAAACUGCGAGGGAUCAGUAUGAUGAUGCUGUGAGUUCGGGUCAGCAGGCGUUUCUGUUGGAAGAGAGUGAAGAAAGUUCUGAUGUGUUCAGACUGAGUGUUGGGAGUCUGUCACCGGGUCAGAACGCUGACAUCACCAUCACAUACAUCACUGAGCUCUCUGUGCAGGCCGACCACUCGCUGUGCUUCUGUCUGCCUGCUGUACUCAACCCCAGAUACACACCAGCAGGUUCAGAUGCUGGAAUAGUUUCAGAGAUUUCGUCAUGUGUCUCUGUUCCCUACACUUUGACUCUUAGUGUUCAUGUGAGCUCUCCAAACCCCAUCUCCAAACUAGAGUCCAACUGUACUCUGGAUCCUCUUGUGUUCCUCAACUCUGAUCACACUGAGGCAACGGUGAAUCUGAGUUCUGGUCACAAGUUUGAUAAAGAUGUUGAGUUGUUUCUGUACUAUCAGAAUACCCAUCAGCCCACUGCUAUAGUGGAGGCAGGAGUGAACACUGCAAAACCAGGUUCUCUGAUGAGUGACUCAGUGGUGAUGAUAAGUUUGUACCCUGAAUUCCCAGAGAAAGUGAUGUCAUCAUUAGCAACUCAAAGCGAGUUUGUUUUUUUGAUGGACAGAUCAGGCAGUAUGGACUGUAUGAUGCAUUAUGGGGAAGGAGCACAAAUGCGUAUAGAAAGUGCAAAGGAAACUCUGCUGUUACUGUUGAAGAGUCUGCCCAUGGGCUGUUACUUUAAUAUCUAUGGAUUUGGUUCUCAUUUUGACUCCUUCUUCCCUCAGAGUGUUGUGUACAAUCAGGACACAAUGGAUCAGGCACUGGAGAGAGUCAAUAAAAUAAUCGCAGACAUGGGCGGCACAGAGAUUUUACAGCCCCUAGAACACAUCUACAGUCAACCCUGUUACCCUGAACACCCCAGACAGUUGUUUGUCUUCACUGAUGGAGAGGUGGGGAACACUAAAGAGGUUCUGGAUCUUGUGAAACUUCAUGCUCACUCUCACAGGUGUUUCUCAUUCGGGAUUGGUGAGGGUUCAAGUACCGCCCUCAUCACAGGAAUGGCCAAAGCAGGAUCUGGACACGCCCAGUUCAUCACAGGCUCAGACCGCAUGCAACCCAAAGUGAUGGAGUCUCUCAGGUUUGCUCUUCAGCCUGCAGUGAACAAGAUCUCAGUACAGUGGAAAGUACCAGAUGGCAUUACUGUUGACACGCUGUCUCCACCCAUCAAUGCGAUCUUUCAGGGUCAAAGGUCACUCAUUUAUGCACAACUUAAAGGACAGAGUUCAGAAAGCUCUGAAGGAUCAGUGAUUGUUCAAUACAACCUGAAAGAUCAACCAGUAACAAACCAGCUUCACUUCUGCCUUAAACCAACUGAGGACACUGGGUUGUCCAUCCAUCGUCUGGCGGCCCGGUCUCUGAUUCGCUGUCUGGAGCAGGAGGAGAGGACAGGAGGUGUAGAUGUGGAGGAUAUCAGGAGGAGGAUGGUGGAGAUCAGUGUUGAAGCAGGAGUGAGCAGUGUUCAUACAGCCUUCAUUGCCAUUAAUAAAGACAACAGAGAGGCUGUGAAAGGACCUCUAAUACAGAGAAGAGUACCAACACAAGGUCUAUGUAUGUCAAGUUUAGCAGUAUAUGGGAUGUGCGAUUCUCUAGGGAUCAAUGCUUGUGAACAGAGUUAUCGUUGCAAGAAAAAAUCAUCUAAUUUUCCAAGGAUGUCCAAGCGCUCAUGGACUGGUUUAAGACGAUCACACAGGGCUGAAACGGUUUCUGCCGCAUGUAUGAGAGGAAGCGCGAUUCACAACCAAACAAAAGAUAUUUCAGAAAUGCUUCAGGCUGACUCACUUUUAAAAUGUGGACUGAUGGAUAUUCCACCUGUACAAGAACAGAAGACUGGAAUUAUGACAAAGGUCAGAAAUGUAUUUCGUCGUAAUUCUAAAAGCAAGUCUGUACAAUCUGACCAGAGAAGCUUUCAAAGCAAACAAGACGAAUCUAAUCCUGAGAUGAGCUCUGAUCUCCAUGAUGAUCCUUUACUUCAGCUGAUUUCUCUUCAAAAGGCUUCAGGCUGCUGGGAACUGAACGCUGCUUUGGCUCGAGUGUUUGGAAAGACUGAAGAUGAGCUGACCAAUCAGAAACCAGCACAGGUCGAUGGGUCAGUGUGGGCCACUCUUCUGUCUCUCAUCUGGUUAUACGGCUAUAAAAUACAGCAACAGAUUGAGUGGCAGUUUGUGGCCAUGAAGGCGGCGUCAUGGAUCGGCUCUCAGAACGUGGUCAGUCUGUCUCAGUGUGUGUGUGAUGGGAAUCAUCUACUGGGAUGUCAAGUGAAAGAAGAAACUUUGGGAAUCUGAAGAAGACUUCAGUGUUUCUACUUCCUGUGAUGUCAAAAGGCCAAACUGCUCAUAUAGUCAUAUUAUAUAUCAUUAAUUUGAUAUGAUUUGCUGUCAUAUGGAAUCACAUUUGCUCAAAAAUCCAAACUUUCAGGAGUGAAAACUUCCUGUCCGGUCCAAACUACUUACUGAAACCAAGAUGCAAAAUUGCUAAUUUGGUUAAAAACUGCAACUUUAAGAGCUGUUGUUUACUUCUCAUAUAACAAAGUGUUUCUUCAAGGCACAAUAUCAAUAAACCAAACCAUUGAAUACUAAA